AUUGGGGCGCGUCACAAAAUGGGGGUUUAGGGUUUUUGUCUGUGUGAGGUGUGAAAAAUCAUAGAAAGGUAAUUAAUUUCUGUGAGCGAUGGGCUCGAGACCAGAGGUGGUAGCGCCACCUGAGAUAUUCUACGACGAUGCUGAAGCACGCAAGUACACCUCUUCUUCCCGUAUUGUGGAAAUUCAGGCGACUCUGUCAGAGAGAGCCGUGGAGCUACUUGCUUUGCCUGAUGACAACGUUCCUAAAUUACUCCUUGACAUUGGUUGUGGAUCGGGACUUAGCGGUGAGACACUCUCAGAGAAUGGACAACAUUGGAUUGGUCUUGACAUUUCACCAUCAAUGCUUAAUAUUGCGUUGGAACGAGAGGUUGAGGGUGACCUUUUACUUGGUGACAUGGGUCAGGGUUUAGGGAUUCGUCCUGGAGUUAUUGAUGGGGCCAUCAGUAUAUCUGCUGUUCAGUGGUUAUGCAAUGCUGAUAAAUCCUCUCACAAUCCUCGAUUAAGAUUGAAGGCUUUUUUUACAUCUUUAUACAGAUGCUUAGCAAAUGGGGCUAGAGCAGUAUUUCAAGUGUAUCCUGAAAAUAUAGAGCAGCGUGAACUAAUUUUGAAUGCUGCAAUGCAUGCUGGAUUUGCUGGUGGUAUAGUGGUGGAUUUUCCACACAGUUCUAAGAGGAGAAAAGAGUUUCUUGUUCUCACAUGUGGUCAACGGUCAGUAAAUGCAUCCAUGUCCAAAGGUAAAGAUGAAGAUGGAGAGAGUUGCUCUGAUGAUGACAAUGAAGAUGAAGAAAAUCAGACGGUAUGUAUCUCAGACAGGCACAGACCCCGGAAAAAACAGAAAAAGAAUAAGAGCGGUAAGGGAAGGGAAUGGUUACUAAGGAAGAAGGAGCAGAUGAGAAGAAGAGGAAAUGCUGUUCCUCCAGAUACCAAGUACACGGGUCGGAAGCGGAAGGAUCGCUUUUGAAGCAUUUGCCUCAAAGUCGUGCGCAUACCUUGUCAUUUAUUAGUUAUUAAUGGGCAUUACGAACUGCAUCUUGCUUGGGUCACGAAGGAUACUCUUGCACGUUCCAUCACUCAAAUUUGUUGUAGCCUUGGGAGGGUAUUUUUAUGGUAUGUUGUUAUAACAGGUGUUCUUGGGGAUCCCGGGCCAUUUUGCAUAAAAUUUUGUGUGCUUUGUAAAAUCUUUCAUUUUUGCAGUACUUAGUACCUACAUUCGGUAACCUUUAUGCUUUAAUUUCAGGGGGCCUAUUCUAGAAUACAAGUAGUUUUUCAAAUGAUGAGUAUAGUUGUGUGGUGUUACUAAUAU